UGAGCAGCUGCGGGGAGCCCGGUUGCCCAGGCGCUCCCGCGGUGCCGGUAGGGCUGGGGCCGGGCAGGCGCGAGGGGACCUGUUGUGAAGCCCGGGAGGCCUCUGCGAGCCCUGCCGUGUGAUGUGGGGUCUCAGGCCCCAGCGUAUUUGCGGGCACGAGGGGUUCUGGGGCUCGACUGCGUUUGGUGUCACUCAGCGCCCGCCCCGAGGCAGCUGUUGUGUGGGAGACCUUGGCCGCCCCAGCCGGGCUCUGCUUGCAAAUCCUGUAGGUAUGGCUUAUGUACCAACAGAGGAUGAAAGAAGAAUUUUCAGGGAAUGCAGCGAAGAGAGCUUCUGGUAUAGAUCUGUGCCUAUUUCUGCAAUAAGCAUGACUGUCACUCAGGGCUUAAUUAAGAAAGGAAUUCUCACCACUCAUUCAAGGUUUGGCUCUCUUCCCAAAGUUGCAUUUGCCGGUAUAUGUGGAUAUAUUGCUGGAAAGAUUUCUUACCUGUCGGCCUGCCAGGAGAAAUUUAAGAGACUGGAGAAUUCCCCAAUAGGAGAAAGUAUACGACAAGGGCGCAGACCUCUUCCACAUGAAUAUGCUGCUCAAAAAUCAGAGUUUGCAAAUUUGCCUUCUCAGUCUCCUUUUGGAUCUUCUCCAACAGCUGAAGCCUCACUUUCUUCCAGCUAUUCAGAUGAAUAUGGUUCAGCAGAUCAGUCUGUCUCUAAUUAUGCACCAAUUCCAUUCAGUUCUUCUCUGAAUGAAUCCUGUCCUACUGGAAUUACUGAACAUAAUGCCCCAGAACCUGUUCCAUUACUAGAAGAAAGUCCUAAAAGAAAAAAUGUCUCCUAUGAGGAGUUAAGGAAUAGAAACAGAGAGACAUAUGAAGUAGCAUUAACGCAAAAGGCAGAAACUCCAGUCAAGUCUUCACAGGAGAGACCAUUUAAAAAAGAAGUUAAAGUAAACAAGUAUGGAGAUGCUUGGGAAGAGUGAGAACUGAAUCUCUGCAUGUACUGAAGGAAGUUAUCGUCAAUCAGCUUACUUCAGCUCCAUCUGUUGCUCAUGAAUAUCUGCACACUUUGGUGUAUUCUGCCAAACCGAAAUAUGUUAUAAUAAAGGAGACUAGAUUUUAUUUUUGACUUUCCGGAAGAGUGAAAAAUUAUAGAUUAUAGGCUUAACAUUGUGUAGCUUUGCACCAUUGGGGAAUUAGACUAUUGAUGAGAACAGUGAUUUUAAACAGUUUGAUAUUGUUUAGAAAUAAUGAAAAAGGGAUAGUUUGCACUAAUUUUAUAAAUUUGUAAUGAGAGAUGAGACACUGGCAUAUGUAAACAGACUAAGUCGGAGGUACUGGUGUUGAGAGGGAAAAAAACUAGUUCUUUCAGAUUAUUCAAGACUCCCAUUAAAAGUCACUCAGUAAAACAUACCCUCUUAUUUUGUUUGUUUGUUCUGAAAGUAAUGAGAUGUAAAAUCCCAGUGGUAUUUACCCCCAUCUAAUUAGUAAGGUAUUAAAAUAGAUUUUAAUUUCUCCCAUAUUUUUGGGGACUUCAAAGUCAGAUCUUAUUAACCUGCAAUAAAUCUUUAGGACUAAACAGUAAAAAUGGACAGUGAUGAGGAACUAGCUAGGUACCAGAGUAUAUGUACACUUUUCACGCUAUUUAAAAACGUUUCAGAAUAACGUGCACAUUUUAGUGAGUUAUCAUGACUCAUCUACCCCUGAGUGAUUGUCCUGACAAGACCCAAGUUUACCAGAAGCACAGAAAAUGAUUAAAUGAAAGAAAAAGGAAACAUUAAAAAAGCAUCUCUAUUUAGGCAUAGUGGGUAAGUGUAUUAGUUACUUACAUUUUGGUGACUUGGGUCCAAAUUCUGGCCUGGAUUGAAAAAUAAUUUUGUGGUUUUAUCCUUAUUCCCAUGUUUGCACAUGUCACAAAACCACCACACAGUUUGUCGCUACUUUGUCUCUUGAGAUCCCCUUGAGUAGAAUAUAGCAUUAGUAUUUCUGUUCAGACUGAGAUACAUUAGCAGAGCUGUGCUGACACAUUUUCCUACUUUCUGCUUACCUCCCACAUACCUGGAUCAAAACAGUACCACCAGUCUCUUUCAUGAGCACUAGAAUCUCAUCUUCAAGCUGUGACCUUCAGCUGCUCUACUUAUAUUCUUAGCCUGUCAGCACUGUCUCUUCCUGGUUUGGUUAAAGGUGUGCUGAAACUGAUCAAUAUCAACCCUAACUUAAUGAGAGAAGAGAAGGAAUUAUAUUACCAGACAAGAAAAAUGCUCUUGAGGACCUCAUUGAUUCAAUGGACCAACAAAAGAGCAACAUGACAGAAAGAUUCACCAGAGUGGUACAGAGUAAGCUGAAAUGAGGAUGACAAAUAAUUGUAGAGAAGGUGAGUUCUUAAAGAACCAAACAGUGUUUAAGAACAUCUGAAUAACAGGUCUGUUUGCAGAGAAAGGAAAUGCCAAACGACUUCUGACCGUAAGUGGAUUACUGGCAUCAGGUUAUCUUGAGGCUAACUGUAAAAAAGACCCCAAUUUACCUUGAUGGGAGAAGGCUUUCAGGUCUGAAAUGAGAGGUCCAUGAAAGUACUAGAAGUCAGCAGGAUCUGUACUGUUGUUGAAUGAUGGGGACAGUGCAGAAUACUGAAAGUGGUCAGAAAAGUACUGUUAUCAUGAGAGAAAUUCAUAUAACGUUUUCUUGAUUUCUCCUUGUUAUACCCACCAUACAAAAAAGGAGACAAUAACUUACUAAGCUGUAAACUAGUAACAGGAAGUUGUAACACUUACCUUUGCGUAACUGAUCUUUAAAGAGAGAAGGUACAUUUUUCUGGCACUAUGUUGAAGCAGACAAUCUCUAAGUGAAGGAAGGACCCAAGGAAAAGCAUCGAGGAAUAAGUUUGAGGAAAAAUACCGAUAUUUUUCACUCCCUCCCAAUCCGUAAAGGAGGUAGUAUUUUGGACAAUCAUCUUGCCAAUACAAAUGUCUUGCUUUAUUGUUUUUGUGAAAUGUGGACUACAUUAGACUCUUUUGGAACAUGUUUGUAAGAGUCAGGUGACUCUCUCUUUGUCUCUGCCUCAAAUCUGAAUUAAUAUUUGCUUUUACUGAAGGUUCUUACAAUUUCUGUGUGUGUGUGUUUUAUGUAGAUGAACGUUUUCUACCCUUAGGGCUUGUCUGCAUGGGAAAUUUGCUGGUAUAACCAGUAUAACUCUCCAUGGGGAUGCUUAGAUUCAAGAAUGAGUGUGAUUUUUCCAGUUUAAUUUGUAACUUUGGAAGCAGUCUAAGCUAAACCUGAAGAAGGCGUUCUUAUUCCAGAAGAUGAGGGUUUACACAAGGAGUUAUACUGGUAUAACUGUACCAUUGAAUUUCCCUGUAUAGACAAAAGUCCUUCAUAAUGAAUUAGAACAAUGAAAACAUGGGGCUGCAGUCUGAUCCUUCUUCCUUUCAACACUUCUGUCAAGAAAUCAGUGGACAGAUGUUGCACUGCAUGUGAGAAUCCAUUUGGACUAUCAUUAGAAAUAUUUUAAUCUGCCUCACUAUUUAUUUGUAAUUGUGUGCUUAUCUUAGGUAGUAUGAUGAUUGUGGACCAUCUGGUGCAGAACAGCAGUUGAUGGGAGAUUAUUUUACCCUUUUUCCCUUUAAAUAUUGAAAAAGGAAAAGUCAUUUACUCCAUUAAUAUUAUACCUUAAUCUUGCAUACUAAAGUGAGUGCUUUCUAAAUGCUAUAAGCAGUUUGUGUACUGAUCUGAAGCCAAAGGUUUUGAAAAUGAGUGACAUCUCACCCCAAAAUAAUUUUAUGUAUGCAAAAAUCAUUUUAUAUAAUACUGUUAGAAGAAUUUUCAUUUUCUGUAGCUAUGAAAAUAAAGGGCAUAUCUCGUAUGUGGGAAA